AUGGAUAGAUUUAGCUAUUAUAUUUCGGAAAAUCAAGAGAGGCCAGCGGAAAGUGUAAUGAAGAUAGAGCAAAUUAAAGAGCAAUUUCCGACAGUUUUUCGCAACACAUUGGGAUUAUGUACUAAGGCAAAUAUAAAGCUGAAGUUAAGAGAAGGUGUUGCACCUAUUUUCCGUCCCAAGCGGCCUGUAGCUCAUGCCAUGGAGAGUGCCGUAGAUGAUGAGUUGAAUAGAUUAGAAAAACUUGGAGUUAUAACACCUACAAACUUUUCUGAAUGGGCGGCUCCCAUAGUAGUAGUAAGGAAAGCAAAUGGGCAAAUUAGAAUAUGUGGCGAUUAUUCAACAGGGUUGAAUUCAUCUUUAUGUGCUCAUGAAUACCCGCUUCCAUUGCCCGAUGACAUAUUCGCAAAGCUAUCAGGAUGCCACAUAUUUAGCAAGAUAGAUUUAUCUGAUGCGUUCCUUCAAGUUCAGAUAGACGAAGAUUACCGACAUAUUCUUACAAUCAAUACGCAUCGUGGCCUAUACUACUAUAAUCGCCUCCCACCAGGCAUAAAGGUUGCUCCAGCAGCUUUUCAGCAACUGAUCGACACAAUGCUAGCUGGAACUAAGAGAGUGUGUGGGUAUAUGGAUGAUUUAAUCAUCGGAGGCGCAACCGAAGCAGAACAUGAUAGGCAUUUAAAGGAUGUGUUAAAGCGAAUCGAGGUAUAUGGAUUUACCAUCAGAAACGAAAAAUGCGAAUUUAAAACGAAUGAAAUAAGAUACCUGGGGCAUGUAAUCGAUAGUCAAGGUUUAAGACCAGAUCCAAAUAAGAUUGCAGCGAUAAGAAAUUUACCGGAGCCUACAAACCUCACUGAGAUUAGAUCGUUUCUGGGAGCCAUAAAUUAUAAUGGAAAAUUCGUGCCGAAUAUGCGACAGCUCCGAUUUCGCUUGGAUGAAUUAUUAAAGCACGGAGAACGUUUCCAGUGGGAUCAUAAAUGUAAAGAAGCGUUUGAUCAGUUUAAGAAGAUACUUUCAUCAAAUUUGCUCCUCGCGCACUAUAAUCCUAAUGAAAAGAUAGUGGUAUCAGCUGAUGCAUCCUCAGUUGGGUUAGGAGCUACAUUGAGCCAUAGGUAUGCGGAUGGUAGUAUGAAAGUGGUUCAGCACGCUUCGAGAGCGUUAACAGAGGCAGAGAAACGAUAUAGCCAAAUUGACCGUGAAGGGUUGGCAAUAGUUUAUGCAGUAACAAAAUUCCACAGAAUGUUAUAUGGACGGCAUUUUUACUGCAAACGGAUCAUCGACCGCUAUUGCAAAUUUUUGGCUCUAAGAAAGGCAUACCGAUUUAUACAGCAAAUAGAUUGCAAAGAUUUGCAUUAA